AUGUCUCUAGAAGGGCACUCACAUGGUUUAGGGUUUAAGUUCCCUACCCACCCACGUGCCCACGUGUUCCUCCUCGCUGCCUGCUGGCUUCUCGCGUCUUACCAACCUCAUCAUGCUGUGCGUGCUUCUGUGCUCUGCCCGCUUCUCACCCCUCUGGCGUCUGUGCUCUGCCUGCUUCUCACCCCUCUGGCGUCUGUGCUCUGCCUGCUUCUCACCCCUCUGGCGUCUGUGCUCUGCCCGCUUCUCACCCCUCUGGCGUCUGUGCUCUGCCUGCUUCUCACCCCUCUGGCGUCUGUGCUCUGCCCGCUUCUCACCCCUCUGGCGUCUGUGCUCUGCCUGCUUCUCACCCCUCUGGCGUCUGUGCUCUGCCUGCUUCUCACCCCUCUGGCGUCUGUGCUCUGCCUGCUUCUCACCCCUCUGGCGUCUGUGCUCUGCCUGCUUCUCACCCCUCUGGCGUCUGUGCUCUGCCUGCUUCUCACCCCUCUGGCGUCUGUGCUCUGCCUGCUUCUCACCCCUCUGGCGUCUGUGCUCUGCCUGCUUCUCACCCCUCUGGCGUCUGUGCUCUGCCUGCUUCUCACCCCUCUGGCGUCUGUGCUCUGCCUGCUUCUCACCCCUCUGGCGUCUGUGCUCUGCCUGCUUCUCACCCCUCUGGCGUCUGUGCUCUGCCUGCUUCUCACCCCUCUGGCGUCUGUGCUCUGCCUGCUUCUCACCCCUCUGGCGUCUGUGCUCUGCCUGCUUCUCACCCCUCUGGCGUCUGUGCUCUGCCUGCUUCUCACCCCUCUGGCGUCUGUGCUCUGCCUGCUUCUCACCCCUCUGGCGUCUGUGCUCUGCCUGCUUCUCACCCCUCUGGCGUCUGUGCUCUGCCUGCUUCUCACCCCUCUGGCGUCUGUGCUCUGCCUGCUUCUCACCCCUCUGGCGUCUGUGCUCUGCCUGCUUCUCACCCCUCUGGCGUCUGUGCUCUGCCUGCUUCUCACCCCUCUGGCGUCUGUGCUCUGCCUGCUUCUCACCCCUCUGGCGUCUGUGCUCUGCCUGCUUCUCACCCCUCUGGCGUCUGUGCUCUGCCUGCUUCUCACCCCUCUGGCGUCUGUGCUCUGCCUGCUUCUCACCCCUCUGGCGUCUGUGCUCUGCCUGCUUCUCACCCCUCUGGCGUCUGUGCUCUGCCUGCUUCUCACCCCUCUGGCGUCUGUGCUCUGCCUGCUUCUCACCCCUCUGGCGUCUGUGCUCUGCCUGCUUCUCACCCCUCUGGCGUCUGUGCUCUGCCUGCUUCUCACCCCUCUGGCGUCUGUGCUCUGCCUGCUUCUCACCCCUCUGGCGUCUGUGCUCUGCCUGCUUCUCACCCCUCUGGCGUCUGUGCUCUGCCUGCUUCUCACCCCUCUGGCGUCUGUGCUCUGCCUGCUUCUCACCCCUCUGGCGUCUGUGCUCUGCCUGCUUCUCACCCCUCUGGCGUCUGUGCUCUGCCUGCUUCUCACCCCUCUGGCGUCUGUGCUCUGCCUGCUUCUCACCCCUCUGGCGUCUGUGCUCUGCCUGCUUCUCACCCCUCUGGCGUCUGUGCUCUGCCUGCUUCUCACCCCUCUUGCGUCUGUGCUCUGCCUGCUUCUCACCCCUCUGGCGUCUGUGCUCUGCCUGCUUCUCACCCCUCUGGCGUCUGUGCUCUGCCUGCUUCUCACCCCUCUGGCGUCUGUGCUCUGCCUGCUUCUCACCCCUCUGGCGUCUGUGCUCUGCCUGCUUCUCACCCCUCUGGCGUCUGUGCUCUGCCUGCUUCUCACCCCUCUGGCGUCUGUGCUCUGCCUGCUUCUCACCCCUCUGGCGUCUGUGCUCUGCCUGCUUCUCACCCCUCUGGCGUCUGUGCUCUGCCUGCUUCUCACCCCUCUGGCGUCUGUGCUCUGCCUGCUUCUCACCCCUCUGGCGUCUGUGCUCUGCCUGCUUCUCAACCCUGUCUACCAACUAGUAGCUCAUGUCCCAUCACCACCAAGUCACCUGCUUCUCCUCCAAGAGUGA